GUUAUUAUUCAUUUUUCAACGGAGACGGCGAAAGUACGAAAAAAAAAAACAAACAAAAACGGAUUUUCGACUUAUGAUAAAAACCGUGACAAGACGAGAAUCACCAGUACUGUUAUCACGGAAUACCGAAACACCGAACAUAUAAUUUAUGAUCAAUGAACGCCUGGACGGUGAAUAGGUGAAAGUAAGACGUAACUACGUUAAGUACCGAAGAGUAAUAUCUGUGCAUAUUACCUGUAUUCUGUGCCGGAAACCGAGACGGUUAACACUCAACAGUAAUCACUAAUCAGUCCUCAGACGUGCAGAGACGACGAUGUGAUACGGUUACCGGAUUACGUGCAGCGUUUCGGCCCCAGACAUGACUACCAAGAGGAACACUCGGUCGGGGUCGAUCGAAUCGAAUUACCUGCCCACGGGCCUGACCAUGCGAUCGGAGACCAAGGGCACGCUGUUGGUCAGAGAACCGACGACCGUGUCCAACAUAUUCUUGACGGUGUUGCUGUUCGCGUGCAGGAAGUAUCUGUUUUUCUCGACGCACAAACGGCUGUUGGUGUAUCUGAUCUUGCUGAUCGCUUCCGUGGUGGGCGACUUCAUCAAGUUCCCGAAAAUUUACUUCGCCAACAGCGACACGUUUCUCAACCAGUACCUGGUCAAGUUGGGUUGGUUCUGGACGUUGCUGUGGACGCUUUCGUUUCUGGUAACCACUAGCAAGGUGUUUUGCCUCUACUCUCGACCCAGCAUCCCCUUGCACGCUACUCGCCUGGUUGUUGCCACGUUUUUCUGGUACUUUUGGACAAACGCCUUUAAUCGGCUCGAAGAUUAUUACGGCAAGUGUUCUGGAGGCAGAGGACUGGCCCGAUCAGCGUGCAAGUCUGCUGGCCACUUGUGGAAAUCGUUUGACAUAUCCGGUCACGUUUUCAUACUUAUAUACAGUACAUUGGUGAUGAUAAGUGAAGCGAGGCCAAUCAUCGGUUGGGAUAAAAUUCAAGACGUGCUGAGAAAUGAAGAGAACGCACGUAAAGAAGGCAAAAAUGCGGCUACCACAUUUAGCAGUCUGAAGGAAGAGGAGCUGCAAGCGAUGAAAACUGUCUACAAGCAGAUGACGCCUUAUGUACAAAUCUUAUUCAUUGUAAUCACAAUUUUUGUUGCUGUUUGGGAGUUAAUGCUUAUCACGACUAUGAUGUAUUUCCACACAAUGCCUGAAAAACUAUUGGCAGGUAUUGUGGCAAUGUCAACUUGGUUUGUGACGUACAGGGCCUGGUACAGUUCGUCAUUUUUGCCUCCUCUACCUGGUGACGGAUUCUUUAAAUAUCAAGCACUUCAAAAGAGUGAAAUAGGUAUUUAGUUAUUAAUAAAAUGUUAUGACAAUUAUAUUGGUGUUUUGUAUUUUUUUUCAAUAACAAAAUCUGUAUAUUCAUGUAUGGGUAAAGACUGCAGUACUAUAUUUUAUCUGUAUGUGCAGUGGCGUGGUGAAGGAAUAAUCGACCUAAUCUUCGAGUUUUUUUUUUAUUGGGAUGAUGGGUGGGUAAUGGCCAAUCAAUAAUGAUUUAAUACCAAACUAGCAUUUACCACAAUGUGUAGUUAAAAAAAGUGCCUUUAAAUUUUAGGCGAGUUGGUUGUUGGAAUAUUUGACUAUAUUUCAAGUUCACCACGCCAUUAUAUGUGUUCAUUUUGAAUUACAAUUUUUAACUAAUUUUAUUGUUAUUAAAA